AUGCUGGUGGACGAAAUUCGAGGAUCGUUUGCCUGCCACGAGCCUAAUGCUAAUCGCAGGUGCGCUGCCACCACGGCCCACCGCAAGGCCCGAUCGUUUGGUCUAAGGGAAGUCAGCUUACGCAGCUUUGACGCGGAUGGGCAAGGACCGAGAUCGUACGUUGUGGCGAGCCAUUUGGAGGGCGCCAAUGGCCCAGCGCAUGCGGCACUUCUUGUGGCUGGCGAGCCAGGAAAUGCUAUUUACCAACUUGGUGCGGGUUCAGUGACACAUGGCUGGAGACGUGGCAUGCUACCCAUGUGGGCAGUCGGAGUCGAUGUCAUACGUGUUACGAGACUGCUCUAA